AUGGUACAGUGCAGAAGUUGUUUGUGUUUGGUAGCUUUUUUUGUCUUUUCUGUAAUGAUGAUCAGUAGUGUUAAUCCAACGGCCGAGGCAAAACCUGGGAUUCACUUUCACAAAUGGGAGGUGAAAUAUGCCUACAAGUCUCCCGAUUGCUUCAAGAAGCUGGCUAUAACAAUCAACGGGGAUUCUCCAGGGCCUACCAUCUAUGCUGCACAAGGGGAUAGAGUCGUUGUUACUCUCACCAACACUUUGCCCACCGAGAAUGUUGCUGUCCAUUGGCAUGGAAUCCGACAGAUUGGAACACCUUGGAGUGAUGGAACUGAAGGGGUGACUCAAUGUCCAAUCAUGCCAGGAGAUUCUUUCACGUACGAGUUUGUAGUUGACAGAGCAGGGACGUAUCUAUACCAUGCGCAUUAUGGAAUGCAAUUAUCAGCAGGGCUGUAUGGAUUCAUUAUUGUUUCAAUACCUCUUCAUGGAGUUCCUGAGCCAUUUGUGUAUGAUCAAGAUCGAAGCAUCAUUCUUAAAGAUUGGUACCAUGCUACCACUUACGAGCAAGCCACGAGCUUAUCUUCCAUACCCUUCGGUUGGGUUGGAGAGCCACAGUCACUUUUGAUAAAUGGAAGAGGAAGGUUCAACUGCUCUCUUCUUAAUGCACCAAGCUCAGAUCAUUCGGAAAUUUGUGAUGCAACAAAUCCUGAAUGUUCUCCCUACAGUUUAACAGUAGUUCAUGGAGAAACUUAUAGAUUGAGGAUUGGCAGCUUGACUUCUCUAUCAGCUUUGAGCUUCCAAAUUGAAGGCCAUAAUAUGACCGUUGUAGAAGCCGACGGGAACUAUGUUGAGGCAUUUGAAACAAAAAACCUAUAUAUAAAUUCCGGUGAGACAUACUCGGUUUUAGUAACCGCCGACCAAGAUCCUUCAAGAAACUAUUGGAUCACUACAAACGUUGUUAACCGGGAACCAUCAACCCCGACCGGUCUGGCCAUCUUCAAUUACUAUCCAAACCAUCCCCAUAAAUACCCUCCAACGGCUCCAACCACAGGCCCUCUCUGGAACGACAUAGCUUCACAACUGGCUCAGAGCCGUGCCAUCAGGGCACACCAUGACUUUAUACAACCGCCGCCUCCUAAAUCAGAUAGGGUGAUUGUGCUUCUCAACACACAAAAUUUGAUCGAUGGUUAUAACCGCUGGUCUUUAAAUAACAGAUCUCUCACACUUCCCCACACUCCUUACCUCAUUGCACUAAAACAAAAUUUCACCGACGCCUUUGAUCAAAACCCACCUCCGGAUAGCUAUGACAUUGCAAAUUAUGACAUAUCCAAGGUUCCUCACAACGUAAACGCCACAUCUAGCAAUGCCGUUUAUAGGAUAAGCUUCAAUACGACAGUGGAUAUUAUACUGCAAAAUGCAAACACCAUGACCCCGGGUUCCAGCGAGACACAUCCUUGGCAUAUGCACGGCCAUGAUUUCUGGGUUUUAGGCUACGGAAGCAAUAAGUUUGAUGUGGUAAAAGAUCCGGCAACGUACAACCUCGUUGAUCCGAUCAUGAAGAACACAGUGGCUCUAUAUCCAUAUGGAUGGACUGCUUUGAGGUUUCGGGCGGAUAAUCCAGGUGUCUGGAUAUUCCAUUGUCAUAUUGAGCCUCACUUCUUCAUGGGUAUGGGGAUUGUGUUUGAAGCUGGGGUAGAGAUGGUGGGAACGUUGCCCACAUCCAUUAUGGGCUGUGGUGAAACUAAACGCUUGAUGAGGCCUUAGAUUAAAAAA